AUAAAAAAGAAAGUCCAUGCCCCAUCACCCCGUCUCUGAAACGGCAGUCUCCGCGCCGAGAAAGGUCCUGUUGACGGGUGGCUAUCUCGUGCUCGAUAGGGCGUAUACGGGGACUGUGUUUGCGCUUAAUGCGCGCAUUCAUGUUGUUGUGCGGCAGCUGCGGAGGGAGAAGAGGAGGAGAGAAGAAGAGGGUAACGAGGGCGGCGAGGCGGGGUGAUGAGGAAGAAGAAGGAAGAGGGGGAGGAGGAGGAGGGAGGGUGGAAGAUGGUGCUGGGGAGGAGGGGAGAGGUGGGGAUGGUAAGGGCGAAGACAAGGUGGAGGACGGCGGGGUAGGGAAGGGGCCUGGGGAGGGAGAUGGGGAUGCGGAUGGAGGUAGGGGGGAGGAGGAGGAGGUUAUUGUGGUUAAGUCGCCGCAGUUUGUGGAUGCGGUGUGGGAGUAUGGGGUUAGGAGGGAGCCUGAUGGGGGUGGGGUGAGGGUUGUGCAAAAGGGGGACUGCCCGCGGAAUCCAUUCGUCGAAACAUCUCUAAACUACGCCUUAACAUACAUAAGCUAUGUCGCCGCCUCCAAACUCUUCGGCUCCCUCUCCAUCACCAUCCUCGCAGAUAAUGACUACUACUCCCAAACCUCAAUAUCACAGGCAGCAGGCGCGAACAGGGGAACGCGCUUCGUGAACUUUGGCGUAAAGUUGCACGAGGCACACAAGACCGGUCUGGGAUCAUCCGCGGCCCUCGUCACAGCCCUUGUCUCCGCAAUGGUCAUCCACCGCACUGUCCAACCAGAGGAACUACCUACAGUGCGAGAUAAGCUACAUAACCUCGCCCAGGCCGCCCACUGCGCGGCACAAGGGAAAGUCGGUUCGGGCUUCGACGUUGGCGCCGCAGUGUACGGCUCUUGUCUCUAUCGGCGCUUCUCCCCUGCCGUACUUGGAAGUUUAGGAGACGUCGGGUCCCCGCAGUUUGAAGAGCGGCUGUUCGCUGUUGUCGAGGAUCUCAACACAGAGCACCCAUGGGACACAGAGUGUGUUGAUUUUGGCACCAAGCUACCGCGGGGCAUGCAGAUGGUGCUAUGCGAUGUGGACUGCGGAUCGCAAACUCCAGGGAUGGUGAAGAAGGUGCUUCAAUGGCGCGAGGAGAACAGGGAAGAGGCAAACGCGCUCUGGGCGGAGUUGCAGCAAAACAAUGAGAAACUGCGUUUGUUGUUGAAAGACCUACUCUACCACACUAACAGUACCAGCCGUACCACGACCGCUGUCUCCUCAUCACCAUCAUCAGCAUCCGCAGGAAAUAGUACCAAUAUCAGUAGCAUUAACGAUGACGACGACGACGACGACGACGACAACGACGGCAACAACUUCGACGCCGUCAGCAGGCUCAUCUCGCGCUCUCGCGCGCUGCUGCGCACCAUGACGCAGAAAAGCGCCGUCCCCAUCGAACCCAGGGUGCAGACGGAGCUGCUGGAUAGGUUAUCAGCGGAGGUGGAGGGGGUGAUUGGCGGCGUGGUGCCCGGCGCUGGCGGGUAUGAUGCCAUAGCAUUACUGGUACGGGACGAUGCGGCGGUUGUGGACAGGCUGCGCGGGUUCCUGCGGACGUGGAAGAGUUCUGUUGAGGAUGAUUUUGGGGGCAAGAUUGAGAGGGUGAGGUUGUUAGGUGUGGCGCAUGGGUCUGAAGGGCUGAGGAAUGAGAUACCGGCGCAGUAUUCUGGGUGGAUGUCAUGAUUAAAGUAGUUUUUUCUACUUUACAAUCUUCCGCAUUGCUCGCUUUGAUAUCUGAGUGUGUUGCUAUCUUCUUUUCCUUCGGAAUUAGUUUAGUGAUAUAUUCUGACUUAUUGCGCGUAAUCUUCGGCAGCUAUAACUAGUGGGUCGUCAGUCAAGUUGAUCACUCUAAUGGCGCCGACACCAACGCCGACGAUGAUCUGAUAAGUCCGGCAUCUGGGUUUUUCCAGACCCCUCAUUCCCGAUUGGAGUCGCUCCUCUUCUUACGAAGCUAUGAGAUCACUUUUUGUUUUGUUUUCUUUCUUUCUUUCUUUUGGCUAGGGAGCACGAAACAAUCGAGGACGGAGGAGACAACCUUAAAACCAAAUUCCUAUAAUAAUGUAAGUCGGGUGUAACAGAAUCUACCAAGGAAUGCGUUGCGUUGUUUGUCUAAUUGAACUGGCUUGGCAUGCGGCUAUGAGGGGGCAAGAUCAUCUGACUUGAGAUGGUCCCCUUAAAAGUUAACGGCCCAGGGAUCGAUGGGGGGAUCGACGGGAGUUUUCUUUUCUUUUUCCUUUUUUU